CUCUCUCUAUCUGUUUUCUUUCUGGAGACAUCAGUCUGAUCUCAAUAUCAUCAUCAAUCACUAUUACACAAACAAAGCCUUUGAGGAAUAGAGAAACAAAAAUGAUACAAGAAAAGAAACAUGACCUAGUAAUAUUAGCAUAAUGGUCAGAUCACACAAGCAACAACCACGCGUCUCUACUACUUACAUCCGAUCUCUCGUGAAGCAACAACUUGCUUAUACCACCACCAUGACUACAACCACAACAACCGCAGAUAGCAGCAAAACCCCAACGCAAACGCAAACGCAAACGCAGACACACAAGAAACAAGUGAGAAGAAGACUCCACACGAGCCGUCCUUACCAAGAGCGUCUCCUUAAUAUGGCUGAAGCUCGUCGCGAAAUCGUCACCGCCUUAAAACAACAUCGCGCUUCCAUGCGACAAGCCGCCAGGAUUCCACCGCUUCAACAACCGCCUCCACCGCAUAUUCAUUUCUCUGCACCACCGCCUCCACCUCCUCCAGAUCCAUAUUCUUGGUCGAAUCCACAUCUCAACUUCCUCCUCCCACAUCAACCUUUAGGGCUAAACCUCAACUUCGACGACUUCAUCCAAACCUCCUCAUCUUCAUCAUCAUCGUCUAGUUCAUCCUCAUCAUCCUCAUCGAUGUUUCCAACGACGAAUCAUCAUAUCUACUCCUCCCCUUCACCACCUCUUCCCACCUUCGCCUCCACAUCAGAUUAUUUUCCUCACCAACAGGAGAACAACGUGGCAACGUCAGCUUGGUGGUCAGAGCUCAUGAUGAAGACGGUGGAACCGGAUGUAAUAAAGACGGAGGAAGAAGCUGCCGUGGCUGAAGAUGACGUCUUCCCUAAGUUCAAUGACGUCAUGGAGUUUCCACCGUGGUUAAAUCCAACUGAUGAAGAAUUGUUUCAUCAUCCAUACAAUCUCUCUCAUUACUCCUCUCACAAUCCUCCACUAACCUGUAUGGAGAUUGGAGAAAUUGAAGGCAUGGAUGGAGACGACUGGCUUGCUUGAAUCACAAAGAUUGAUUACUGUUUUUUUUUCUCAGACAUGAUGAAUCAACUCUUUGGUUCUUUUUUUCUAUUUCUUAUUUAUUUGUUUUCUUUCUAAUUUUUGGUUUUGUUUGGAGACUUAAUUAAGAAAGACAUUUUAAUAUUUAAGAAUAACAACAAGCCUGCGGAGAGAAAUGAUUGGGUUGGUAAAAGUCAUAUGAAUGAAAUUAAUCUUUUC